AUGGUUUCCAACGAAAUCUAUCUACUCCCUCUCAAGGAUGAUGGGAGUCCCGAUGUAUCUGGAGGAUAUAUCUAUCUGACACCUAAAGGCACAGAGCCAAUAACUGUCCGUUUUGCUAUUGAGGGAACAUCUUCGAUAUGUCGAGAAGGCAGUCUUUGGGUGAACAUUCCCGAGGAAGGUGUGGAGUUUCAACGAGACCAGUUCCGUGAAUUCAAGUUGGAACCAGACUUUAAUCGUACCAUUGAAAUCUCGAUACCCAUUCAUUCAGCUGGCGCAUUCGCAUUUUACACCACAUAUAAAGCUCUGCCGGACUUGGAUGAUACAAAUACCGCUCCCAUCGAAACCACCAAAUCCCCAGUAUACUACAUUGAUGUUGCUCCAACUUUGAAGCUGGAAGGCAGGCAGUUGCCUUUGCCUGCAUUGUCAGUCUUCUCUGUCAUUUCAAAAUUCAUGGGAAAGUACCCCAAGGAUUGGGAAAAGCAUCUCCGGGGGAUCAGUGAGAGAGGUUACAACAUGGUUCAUUUUACCCCCUUGCAAAAGCGUGGUGAAUCAAAUUCUCCAUACAGUAUAUAUGAUCAAUGCUCAUGGGACCCUGAGUGCUUCCCUAAUGGCGAAAAAGACAUCAAAAAACUGGUCAAGAGCAUGGAAGACAAUCAUGGUCUUUUGGGAUUGACCGAUGUGGUCUGGAACCACACUGCGAACAAUAGCGCAUGGCUUGAGGAGCAUCCAGAAGUUGGCUACAACGUGUCAACAGCACCAUGGUUGCGUUCGGCUUUAGAGUUGGAUACUAAAUUGCUAGAAUUUAGUAAAGAUCUUGCCAAGCUUGAUCUCCCAACUACACUCAACUCUGUUGAUGAUCUGGUCAAAGUCAUGGCAGGCGUUAAAACCGAAGUCAUUGCCAAACUCCGUCUAUGGGAAUACUAUGUUAUCGAGAUCGAGAGAGAUGCCGAUGCAGUAGUAGAGGCUUGGGCAGCUAACAAGAUUUCAUUCCCCGAGGGUGGAUUCGGUGGAUCUGGUUUUGGUGGUUUAGAAGCUAUCAAGAAUGCCUCGGUUGCGGAACAGGCAACAUUCUUGAGAGAAAAAGGAAUGCUCAACACAGACAGACUUGGGGAAAGAUACAGAAGAAAGAUCAACCCAGAAGUUGGUGCAGCACUGCUCACAGCCUUGUUUGGAAGAUUCGAAGGCGAUAAGUCGAAUGGUGCCGAUCGUGCUGAAGCUCGAAGCCGUUUGACUAGCAUCUUGGACGAAGUCAACCUUCCAUACUACAAAGAAUACGAUGUUGAUGUUGCUGAGAUUCUCGACCAGCUGUUCAACCGCACCAAAUAUGUCCGUCUUGACGAUAAUGGCCCAAAACUCGGUCCAAUUGACGACAAAAAUCCUCUCAUUGAAACCUACUUCACCAGAUUACCCAAGAAUUCUACUACCUCUAAGCACAACCAAGAAGACCUUGCUUUGGCAAACAAUGGUUGGAUUUGGGCUGCAAAUGCACUUAUUGACAAUGCCGGUCCCAAAUCUCGUGCGUAUUUGCGCCGUGAAGUUAUUGUCUGGGGUGACUGUGUAAAGUUGCGUUAUGGAGAAUCUCGCGAAGACAGUCCCUUCUUGUGGGACUUUAUGGCGAAAUACACACGUCUCAUGGCAAACUAUUUCACCGGUUUCCGUAUCGAUAAUGCACACUCUACACCUAUUCAUGUAGCUGAAUUUCUUCUAGACGAGGCAAGAAGAAUUAGACCAAAUCUUUAUGUAGUUGCUGAACUCUUCACCGGGUCAGAAGAAAUGGACUACGUUUUCGUCAAACGUCUUGGUCUAAGUUCACUCAUCAGAGAAGCAAUGCAGGCUUGGAGUACUGGCGAAGUCAGUCGUCUUGUUCAUCGACAUGGCGGUAGACCUAUUGGUAGCUUUGAGGUCGACGAAGUAUCAGGUGCAGAACAGAAGACACCCCAUGGUAGAUCCAAUGGAUCGACACCCGGCAAAGAAAUCAUUCGCACCAUCAGAUAUACUCCAGUUCAUGCUCUCUUUAUGGAUUGUACCCAUGACAACGAAGUUCCAGCUCAAAAGCGUGAUGCUCGGGACACUUUACCAAAUGCUGCAUUGGUUGCCAUGUGUUCAAGUGCCAUUGGUAGCGUCAUGGGCUACGAUGAAAUUUAUCCCAAGCUAGUCGAAAUCGUUCAUGAAACGAGAUUGUACACUUCUGCUUCUUCCGAAAAGGAAGUCAAGAUUGGAGCUGGCGAAGGUGGCAUCGGUGGUGUUAAGAAACUUCUCAAUCAAAUCCAUAGUAUUAUGGGCAAGGAUGGGUACGCAGAAACAUACAUUCACCACGAAGAUCAGUAUAUUACUGUUCAUCGAGUGCAUCCCGAAUCUAGAAAGGGGUACUUCCUUAUCGCACAUACUGCUUUCCCUGGUUACGGCAACGGAAAUGGAGGUUUCAACCCAGUUCAUCUUGGGGGCACUAAGGCGAGCCAUCUUGGCAGCUGGAUGCUGGAAGUUGACACUUCUGAAGAGGCAAAGAAGGAGGCAUUAGGAGACAAGAAGUAUCUAAGAGGAUUACCUAGCAAAGUUUCUAAUCUUCCUGGAGUCCGUAUGGAAUACAAAGAUGGAGAAACAACAAUUUCCGUACGAGACAAAUUUCCUCCUGGAAGUAUUGCAUUAUUUGAGACUUGGAUACCUGCUGCUGAGCAUGCGACUGGUCUCGAUACAUUUGUUACCUCGGGAGCAAAGGCGGCAUUUUCCGAAUUGGACUUGGUUGAUUUGAACGUCGUCCUUUAUAAAUGUGAGGCGGAAGAGCUCGAUGCUAGUGAGGGUAAAGAUGGAGUAUACGACAUUCCUGGCCACGGUAAACUCGUAUAUGCUGGUUUACAAGGUUGGUGGAGUGUACUCAAGAAUAUCAUCAAAGACAAUAACUUGGGACAUCCCAUGUGCAACCACUUGAGAGAAGGACAAUGGGCACUUGACUAUAUCAUCGGUAGAUUGGAGAAAAUGUCAAACAGGUCCGGUUAUGAACGACUACAAAAGCCAACGGCUUGGUUGAAGGAACGUUUCGAUGCAAUUCGAAAAAUGCCAAGCUUUUUACUUCCCCGUUAUUUUGGUCUAGUCAUUCGAACUGCUUACCGAGCUGCCUGGGAGCGAAGUUUGGCAUUGAUGAAUGAGAAUGUCCGUGAGGGACAGUGGUUCUUACAAGAUUUAGCUAUGGUUAGCGUUCAACAGACUGGAUAUGUCAAUUCUGCAUCUUUGUACCCCAAGAAGGCAGUACCUUCUUUAGCAGCUGGCUUGCCGCAUUUUGCAGUCGAGUGGGCGAGAUGUUGGGGUAGGGAUGUAUUCAUCUCUGCAAGAGGUCUCUUCCUUGGUACAGGUCGCUAUGCUGAAGCAAGAGAACAUAUUCUCGCAUUCUCAAGUGUCUUGAAGCAUGGUAUGAUACCUAACUUGUUGAGCAGUGGAAACUUGCCACGUUACAACUCUCGAGAUUCAAUUUGGUUCAUGUUACAAACCAUUCAAGACUAUACCAACAUUGUACCAAAUGGAUUGGAUCUUCUGAAAGAGAAGGUCCCUCGACGAUUUUUACCUUACGAUGAUACCUACUUUGAUUCCGAUGAUCCAAGAGCAUACUCAAAGACAUCAGUCUUGGAGGAUAUUAUUCAGGAAUCUUUGCAACGACAUGCAUCCGGAAUGUCAUUCAGAGAAGCAAAUGCCGGUCCAAACCUCGACAUGCAAAUGAGUUCCGAGGGAUUUAACAUUGACAUUAAAGUUGAUUGGUCAACUGGUCUGAUAUUCGGUGGUAACCAACACAACUGUGGUACUUGGAUGGACAAGAUGGGAGAGAGUGAAAAAGCCAAGAGCAAAGGAGUUCCUGGUACACCUCGUGAUGGAGCUGCUAUUGAAAUCACUGGUCUCUUAUACAGUACUCUUCGCUGGGUAGCCGAACUUCACGAGAAAGGCAAGUACAAGUAUGCUGGCGUCAGCACUUCAGAUCCAAACAUGCAAGUCAUCACUUUCUCAGACUGGGCCGAUAAGAUCAAAGAGAACUUUGAACGUUGUUACUAUGUUCCAUUGGACGCUAAAGAUGACUCCAAGUAUGAUGUGAAUACUCCUAUUGUCAACCGAAGAGGUAUUUACAAGGAUCUGUACAAAUCUGGCAAAGAGUACGAAGAUUAUCAACUACGAUCAAAUUUCCCAAUUGCCAUGACGGUUGCCCCAGACCUCUUUGACGAUGCUCAUGCUCUGAAUGCCUUAUUUCUGGCGGAUAAAGUACUUCGUGGACCUACUGGUAUGGCAACUCUUGAUCCAGCUGAUCUUAAUUAUCGACCAUACUACAUCAACUCCGAAGAUAGUGAAGAUUUCUCAACUUCAAAAGGAAGAAACUAUCACCAAGGUCCAGAAUGGUUAUGGCCAACUGGUUUCUUCUUAAGAGCUUUGUUGAAAUUCGACCUCAAGAGAAGAAAGACUCCAGCGGCUAAGACGGAAGCUUUCCAACAAAUCACGAGAAGAUUGGCGGGCUGUAAAGAAGCUAUUGUUAAUAGUGAUUGGGCUGGUUUGACGGAAUUGACACAAAAAGAUGGAGCUUAUUGUCCUGAUUCGUCUCCAACACAAGCUUGGAGUGCAGGUUGUUUGAUCGAUUUGUAUCAUGAUGCUGCACAAUAUGACGUUUCUCAAUUAUCGAAAUAG